AUGGCCUCUACCGAUUCCACCGUCGCCAACGGCGCUGAAACCUCAGCUGCCCAGAAGCUUCUCCAGACUCACGCCGACCACCACCCCACUGUCGAGGAGGUCCCCGAUGAGGACCUUCCCCUGAAGUCCAGCACCGGCGAUUCUGCCUCCUGGGCCGAGCCCAUGUCCUCCAAGGCUGCCGGCAAGCAGAAGGAGCCCGCCGCCGCCGGAAAGAAGCUCGACACCCACUCCCACGAGCUCUUCCCCGAGCUCGGCGCCUCCAAGCCCAAGGGCAGCCCCAACGUCGCCCCCAUCUGGGGAGCCAAGAGCAAUGUCUCUACCCCCGCCAACGGUCUCUCCCGCUCCUCCACUCCUGCCUCUGGAGGCGGCGCAACCCCCAAGAACGGUCCCCCCUCGAUGUCGAUUCCCGGUCGCAACGUCGAGACGGUUGUUCUCGAGCCCCAGUACAUCCUGAACCGCACCCAGCUGAGGCGCCCCAUCCCCGACAUCAUCAAGGAAAUCAACCGCAAGUCGCGCGCCAACAUCACCUUGUCUACCGCUACCAACGGUCGUCUCAAGUUCGAUGCGACAGGUCCUCAGGAGGUAGCUCAACAGGCCCUCAAGGACCUUGUCCAGCAGAUCGGCACGAAGAACACCAUCAAGGUCCCGAUCCCUCAGUCCGCUCGCGCCCACAUCAUCGGAAAGGGAGGUUCCACCAUCAAGGCUAUCCAGGAGAAGUCCGGUGCCCGAGUCCAGCUCCCCAAGGUUGAGGAUAAUGCCCCUAUCGACGAGGACGACGACUCCACCAUUGAUGUCAUUGUUGAGGGUAACGCCAUCUCAGCUGCCUCUGCUCGCGACCAGAUCAUGAAGAUUGCUGGCGACCGUGCUGCCAACGUCAACACCAAGCUUCGUGGUAUUCCGGCCGAGUUCUACCCCUUCAUCUCUGGACCCAGCAACUCCCAUGUCAGCCGCUACGAGAACGAUGGUGUCCAGGUCCGCGUUCCUCCUCACCAGAUUUGGGCUCCUCGCGGCCGUAACAUGGCUGUGAACGAGGGUGAGCGCCCUGUCUUUGUUCCUGCUGGUGACAACCACAUUCAGCUGGCUGGUGACCGUGCUGCUGUUCAGGCUGCGCGUGCAGAGAUUGAGCGCCGUGUCCAGGAGCUGCAGCAGCAGCUUGCUGUUGACCAGUUCACUCUCCAGAAGGGUCGCCACCAGUUCAUUGCCGGCCGUCGUGGUGAAACCCUCGAUGAGUUCUUCAAUGAGACUGGCUGCACCAUCCUGCUGCCCACUGAUGAGGACGAUGACUCUGUCACUGUCAUCGGCCCUGCUUCUCAGAUUGGCAAGGGUGUUGAGACUGCUAUGGACAGAGCCAUGAACAUGCAGUUCUCCACCUUCGACAUUGGCCGUUUCCACAAGAAUGCCCCUGGUGGUGUUUCUACCCAUGCUCGCAACGUCACUCGUUUCCUUAGACAUCGCGACUUGUUUGACGAGAUCGAGAGAGCCCACAGCACCCACAUCAACACUCCUUUCGGCCCCAACGGCGCGUCCCCCUAUGAGUUGUACGCCCGCGACGGCAAGAAUGUUCUCCAGGCUCAAUCCGCUAUUGAGAAGCUUGUCCACGCCAUCCCGCCUGCCAGAAUCGUCCCCAUCCCCGUCGACCCCUUCUACCACCAGUACCUCAACAAGGACGUCAGCCCCCGCAUGAGGGACAAUCACGGUGUCCACGUUGUUCUGCCCGAGGCUGGCGAGGCCGACGCCCCUGUUCUUCUAGUCUUCGAGGGUCCUUCUGCCCCUGAGCCCAAGCCCCAGAUCAAGACUGGCCGCCCGACCCAGGAUGAGGUUCGUGCCUUCCAGGAGAGCCUUGAGAAUGCCCGCAAGCAGAUUCUCGACAUCAUCAACAAGCAGGAGCAGAUCUCCUCUGCCUCUAUUGAUGUGCCCCAGAAGUUCCACGAGCGUCUUCGCCGCUUCAUCAAGAAGGAGCAGGUCAACCGCAGCGAUGACCAGAUCCCCAUCCGUGUCUCCUCCGUCGGCACUGUUGUCACUCUCCGCGGCCCUGCUUCCGCCGUCAAGAACCUCGAGGCCAAGGUCAAGGCCUUUGUCGAGCAGGAGAAGGAGGACGAGAAGGAGCGUGGUUUCACCAUGUCCUUUGACUUCCCCCAGAAGUACGCCAACCACCUCAUCGGCAAGGGCGGCUCCAACAUUAGAGAGCUUCGCGACCGCUUCGACGUCGAGAUCCAGGUUCAGGAUGGCAAGGUUGAGCUGAAGGGUCCCAAGGCCAAGGCCGAGGCUGCCAAGGCUCACAUUAGCUCUCUGGGCCGCACUCUCGCCGACGAGGUCACUCACAUUCUCAAGGUCGACCCCAAGUUCCACAGAGAGCUCAUCGGCUCGGGAGGAAGCGUCACCAACCGCUUGCAGCAGAAGUACAAGGUGUUGAUUUUCUUCCCGCGCUCCGGUAAGAGCCUCAAGGACGAGGAGGGCGCCGACGACGCUGCCAGUGAUGCUGGCAAGCCCAAGCGCCAGCAGGCUCCCGACGAGGUCAUUGUCCGCGGUCCCAAGAAGGGAGCGGAUGAGGCUCGCGACGAGAUCCUCUCCCUCCUCCAGUACCUGAAGGACACUUCUUUCACGGCGGCCAUCUCUGUUCAGCAGAAGCAGGUCCCGUCCAUCAUUGGCCAGGGUGGUGCUGCGCUUGACGAGCUGCGCCAGGUUACCGGUGCCAAGAUCGACAUUCCUAGCGGACGUGAUGCCGAGACUGUCGAGAUCCAGAUUAAGGGCACUAAGUCUCAGGUUGCCGCUGCAAAGAAGGCUCUCGAGGAGAAGAGAGACGUGUUCAACGACACUGUUGUGAAGACCAUCGAGGUGGAUAAGAAGCACCACAAGUCUCUCAUCGGUGCUGGAGGUGCCACCCUCCGUGACAUUGUUGUCAAGGCCGGCGGCUCUGACGACCGUCGCGAGCUGGCCCGUACCAUUCAGUUCCCCAAGGCGGAGGCUGAUGGUAACACCAUCAAGGUUGAGGGUCGCUCGGACGUCAUCAACAAGAUCAUUGCCAGAAUCGAGGAGAUUGUCGCUGAGAAGGAGAGCCAGGUCACCGAGAUUCUGGAGGUUCCUAUUGAGAAGCACAGAACCCUCAUUGGCCGCGGCGGAGAGGCCAAGCGACAGCUUGAGUCCCAGCUCACCGUCUCCAUCGACAUUCCCCGCCAGGGUGACGGCAAGACUGGUGUCAAGAUCACCGGUCGCCCCGAGAACGUUGAGAAGGCCAAGGAGCACAUCGCUUCGCUCGUCAAGGAGCAGGAGGGCGAGACUCUGCAGGUUCCCCGCGGUCUGCACCACUCCAUCUCCAACAACGGCCAGUUCUUCCGCCAGCUUCGCAACAACCACCACGUCUCGGUUGACCACGCUGGCGCUGCUCUUCCCCCCAAGCCCACCGCCGGCGCUAGCCGCAGCAACGGUGGUGCCUUGCCUCUGAUCACCGACGACGACGAUGCCGCUGCCGACGUCCACUCCUGGAAGGUUGUGGACACUGCUUCUGGUGAGGAGGGUGAGAUUCCUUGGGUCCUCCGCGGUUCUCCCGAGAGCAUCGAGAAGGCCAAGACCGCCAUCGCCGCCGCCAUUGAGCAGGCACGCAAGAACACUCACACCGGGUACCUCGUCCUGCCCGACCCCAAGACCUACCGCUACGUCAUCGGCCAGGGUGGUAGCAAGGUCAACUCGAUCCGCAAGCAGAGCGGUUGCAAGAUCAACGUCCCCCGUAACGACGACAAGGAGGACGCCAUCGAGGUCAUUGGUACCGCUGACGGCGUCGAGAAGGCCAAGGACUUGAUCUUGGCUGCUGUGCAGGAGGGUCUCAGCUCCCGUGCUCCCCGCGACUAG